GCCAGGGCUGACACAGGUGCCGCCCUUGGUGACAUAUAAGUAGGGUAGCUCUGACAGUUAGCUUGUUGUUUAUCCAGAAUUAAGGCAUAAACCCAUACCUGGCAGUUCUCCUGCCAAUAAGCAUUCUUAAUCCCUGAUUAUUUCCAUAUCAACAUCUCAACCAUGGAGAGACACGACAUGCUGUACUCCGACGUAGAGUCCGCAUCAUCGUCAACAUACCAACACUCUCAAACAGACAUCUCUGUUGUAUCAGCAUUAACAGCUCCAUCGACUGUCGUACCCGACGAGGGUAUCAUCUCAAGGACCUAUGACGCCGCCAAGAGCCUAUGGCACAUAGAAUGCCCUCACCAAUUACGAAGAGAGCACCAAAGGAACAGCCCUAACAACACGACCGCAAAGGCGGCAUUCAAACACGAUUACCAAUCCUACGCACAAACCUCUCAUAUGGGGAUCCUUGACCCAGCAUACAAAGUUUUUGUUAGCAAGAAAGGUUAUGGAUCAUUAAUCUACAAGCUUCACGCUAGGACCGUUGUCGUUGCUGGUGAUCCACUAUGCUCAGAGUUCCAUCGCAAAGCACUAUUCAGUGAGCUACGCCGUUACCGCUGGGCUCGCGGUCUAUCACUUGCAUUUGUCGGGAUUAGUGAGGAAUUUGCCAAGUAUGCCCAUCAACAAGGCUGGGCGACAAUGCAUUUUGGCCAUGAAGCCGUUCUCAACCCCCUUACGAACAAGGUUCUUCGAAAGCAGGCAGGCAAACGGAUGAUCGCUCAGAACAAACAGCUUCUCGAUCCAAAGCGUGGAGGUAUAUCAGUGAGCUUCUACAGCCCCGCUGUCAAUGAGACAGAUCCAGAGCUGGAGCGCCAGCUGCAGGAUCUUUACGAUGAUUGGAGGGAAGACCGAAACCGCAAGCAUGGAGACGGCUCACAGGCUUUCGUCACUGUCUACGACCUCUUCUCGCUCACUGAAUCAACAAUCUUCUUAUACACUUCCGACCGCGACGGCAAGAUCAAUGGGCUUGCGACACUACGAGAACUCGGCGCCGAGAGAGGAUAUCACCUCGACCCUUGCAUUGCAUCCCAAGAUGCACCACGGGGUAUUUCAGAUCUUCUUAUUGUUACUGCCAUGGAGCUGCUGAAAGCUUCCGACGUGGGCUACAUGAGUCUUGGCAUCGAGCCCCUCGAUGAGGUUCAGGAGGUUACCGGGUCAUCGAAACUUGUGUCACGGCUCUGGAAAGACGGCUACAACCAAAUGAUUCAGUCGGUGCCUGUGACAGGCAAAGCAGCAUACUUCAAGAAGUUCUGCCCAGACGAGUCGCUCACAUCGAAACUCUUUAUUUGCAUACCCAGCAAAGGCAUCCCGGUUCGAAGAUCAAUCGCGCUACUGCAAUUUGCGAACAUGAACCCCGGGCAGCUAUUUACUCAAAUUCACUUGGGAGAUCGGCACAAGGAAAAGCAAACACCACAAUCAUGAGAUUGUCUACUUUUUACCUUUCUUUUUGUAUAAUACUCUUACUCAUACAUAUUGGGAGCGGGGAUACCAUUCGAUCAUUUAGUUUCUUUUGUCACAUAGAUAGACCAGUUUUAUACAGCGAUCCAUGAUUACAACAUUAAUCUUCCACCAAA